AUGGUCAAUACGAAGAGUACGACUGCAUAAUUCAAGAACAACUUCAACAAGGAAUUGUGGAGCCAGCACCUGACAUUCCAACUGGAAAAGAGUACUAUAUCCCGCAUAAAGGAGUUGUCAGAGAGAAUGCUGAAAGUACCAAGCUCCGAAUUGUGUACGACGCGUCAGCAAGAGAGAAAGAUAACCAGCCAUCCUUAAAUGACUGCCUCCACCCAGGGCCUCCACUCCAGAACCGUCUGUGGGACAUCCUCGUGAGAUCGAGAUUCUACCCAAUACUUCUAACGGGUGAUCUUAAGAAGGCAUUUCUGCAAGUUCGAAUAAAGAAAGAAGAACGAGAUUCCUUACGUUUCCACUGGAAACCCCCAAGCAGUUCCAAAACCACCAUCCUUCGUUUCACCCGAGCCCUAUUCGGAAUGACGUGCUCACCAUUCCUCCUCGGUGGAGUUAUCAAUGACCAUCUCAACACUUGGGAAAGUCAUCACCCCGAGCUGAUUAAAGAAAUUCGUGAUGGUCUAUAUGUUGACGACCUAAUGACCGGUGGCGAGACCGUCGAGCUCACUGCAGUGAAGAAAGUAAUCACCACAGAAGUGUUUAAAGACGCCACAUUCACCAUUCACAAAUGGCACUCUAACGCCUCAGAACUAGAAACAACCAGUGGCCCAUCAUCUGAAGAGUUGUCCUAUGCUAAACAGCAACUUGGAGGAACAAAACCCUCAGAAGGCAAACUGUUAGGCCUUCCCUGGAAUAGAGAAGAAGACACGAUUAGCGUCAUCAUCCAGAGCGACCAGACCGAAACGACCAAGAGAGGAGUGCUGUCUCACCUAGCCAAAAUCUAUGACCCUCUGGGACUAGUGUCACCGGUAACACUUAUUGGCAAACAGCUCUACCGCGACAUUUGUGACAGCAAAGUACCUUGGGAUACUCAACUUCCAGGACCGUUGCUGAAACGCUGGAAGGACUGGAACAAGACACUAACCGAGAAUUUCACAGCCCAGCGAGCACUUGCUCCCUUCCACCAACCGAUUUUGAGCGUCACAUUACACGCAUUUGGUGAUGCUAGUACAAAGGGCGUCAGUGCUGCAGUCUACGCUGUGGUCCAUCAAGAUCAAGGCGUCACUCAGCAACUAAUUUGCGCGAAGUCAAGACUCGCAAAGAAGUCCCUAACGAUACCAAGACUCGAGCUUGUUGCAGGUCAUAUGGCCGUUAACUUGGUAGCCAACGUACAAGCAGCCUUAAGUGUCCAACCAUACAGCACCCAUUGCUGGCUUGACUCAACCGUGGCACUCUACUGGAUCAAAGGUCAAGGGGAGUAUCGGCAAUUCGUAUCAAACCGAGUGAACAAGAUCCAACAACACGAGUACGUCAGUUGGCAUCACGUCCCAACCGAAGACAAUCCAGCAGACCUGGGGAGUCGAGGAGGGAAUGUGGUCAACAACAACCUCUGGAAUCAUGGUCCAACCUGGCUUAGCGAUACUGCAAAAUGGCCACCUGACAUAAUACUCGAACCUACGCCCGAAACCAUGACUGAAGCCAAAGUGAAACGAGAAGUUCUCUCUGUUGCCGUUCCCAAACAAGAUACACCACGUACUUAUUAACCACUCAUUACCAAGAGGUCUACGAAUUGGAGCUUGGGUCUGGCGAU